UUGCUCAUGUGCUCGAGACUGAGAAGGAAGUUGUCGGUGCUGCUGCCAUGGUGGUUCCAACGCUGCUCCUGAAGAAUUUGUCAUAAUAAGGUGAUCAUCAGCCCGUUGAAUGAACGGAUGUGCCAGGUGCAUCCAAGCGGAAACAAGCCAGAGAAAUUACAACUACAUCCAGCUGAGUGGCGCAAGGGGUUGAGUGUUGUUAUUUGUUCGAGCAAGCCAUCUCCACUCAGUUGUCCGUUUGUUCAAGGUCUCGUGUAUCAACUUCGGAGUUGUCAUUCCUGGAAAACUGGGUGGAUCUCUUGGACAAGCACCCCCUAGAAAAAGCACUUAUGCCAUAACGUCCAUUGUCUGAGCUACAUAUCGUUCCGGAGCAUUUUGGAUAGCGUCAACGGCUCAUUAAGCUCUCAACUUAUUGUCUGUCCAUUCGUCGCUAUUCCCAAGGGGUGAGGUGGCAGGAGCAUUUCCACUGAAAUAGUUUCUCCGGAAUGAGCUUCAACGCUAAAUUUGGUCCACUUCCGUUGGGAGUAGAGUAGGAUCGCCAUCCGCAUACCACUUCUGACCUAAACAGGGUUCUCCCGCAUCAAAUCGUGCCCGACUCUAGAGUGUGGAUGCCAAAACUCGAGCCCAAAUUUGUGAGCUCAUGCCAAGAAAAAAAGAGCCAUUACCGAGAAUGAACGUGGGACUCAAAGUGACGUGACUCUUUCUCUAUUUAUCUGUUGAGAUUUUCCGCCGGUGUUUAGUGAGCCCCUCAAAAAUCGUGUCUUUUGGAGGUGUGUUUUUUUGGCAAAGCGUGUCCACCUUCAUUAUUUCAUGAUUAGACCAAGAUGAGAGUCUGAAUCCUUUGAUGAGAUGCAACUUUCCACUUUUUUGUCAUUACAUUGUAGUGGAAAUGUCAUUAGGGUGCUGCUUGCGAAAGAAGAAGAAAACGAAGCCGCCAAAUCAUUCGUUCGUUAAUUUCUAGCUUUGCUUCUCAGUUCAGAGGGAGUUCAGGGGGAAAGAAAAAAAGUGUGAGAAAUAUUUUCCACCCCAUUUGACUCUUAAGAGUCGAUAAUUUUGCCGCAUCGACUCAACGUCGAAACGAUUUCACCACAAAUAGCCACAUCAUCACCAUUAAUCCCGUUGCCAUCUUUAAGCCGAAUCGAAGAGCAAAGAAACAAAGAAACUUGAUUUUGCCAUAAGGCACUCCAAAGACGUGUGUCUUUUUGUAACCUGAUAUCCAAUCGUGGCUUCGUCUCUAUCUACUACCGCACAUUGGAAAAUGUCUUAUCCUUCUAUGGACUUGCAAAUGUUCCGAAGUCGAUUUUCGUCUUUCGCGAGCUCUUGUCAUAAAUUUACCAAAGUCGAUAACCGCAGAAAUCUGAGCCGUUGAUUGCUUCCCAUUAAAAAUUCCUCCACCAGGACACCACAUCAAGCAAGAGUGAUGGAAUUUUCGGAAUUUGAUAAUCAAGCACCUCUCCCGCAUCCAUCCCACCACUAGGUCUACACCACACUAAACCGAAGCCAGAAGCUUCCAGUAAGUCGCUAAAGGCACGCACACGCCACCAAACACGACGAGUCAGACGGUAUAUUUGAUGUUCAACCUGUCAAUUGUGGAAAUCAAAUAUUUGUCGGGGCCUUCAACUUGAAGAGGCCGGAGGAAGUCGAGCGAGUCCGUUUCGAUAUUGAAAACUCUCGCUUUGAAAGAGCUCCUUGACAACAACCCUAACGACUUGCGAGUUUGUGACAUGGCUCAAACAAAAGAACUCUCACCAACAGAGGAAGAAGGCACUGGCUCCAAGUUUGGUUCCAUUACUGCGCGAAUGCCCUUUUCCUUUUCAGCUAUAAUGACCAUGGGCCUGAUGGUCUAAGUGGUAUUAUUCCGAUUUUCUCGGAGUUGGACCUCACGCGAGGCCAGGCAAGGACAACUAUGACUUACUCGCAGAAAAUGCAAGGACGCCGUCCAAGAACCAAUCUUCUGCUCCUGUUCCUCGUGUCCACUUACAUAUUGAACCUGUUCCAUCUCUGUCUAGGACAGGAGUGGCCUCCUCAGAAGGGCAAUGGCAGGGACACCAACCGCAUUGUGCCCAAUCGCGAGUCCAGAGCCAUUCAAGUGAUCAAUAAGAGUCCGCCUGACGGCCGCAUUGUGAAGCUCGGUCAUUCGGUCCGGCUCUCGUGUCGAACCGACCGUAGGUGGUUCUUCUGCUUAUGGAACUCGCCCCAAGGGGACAAACAGUGCGCCAUCCAGCUCAACUCACCCCGAAGCGUGUGUGAUCUGGACAGUCGGAUCAUCAUGGAUUCGGGCUUGAACAACUGCGAUAUCGAGGUGAAGAACGUUCAGCCCGAGGACUACGGCUCGUGGUUGUGCAUGGUCAGUGAUCCCGACCAGUUUGACAGUGCCCGAGAACGGGUCUCGCUGGAGGUGGGACAACCCGCGAGCGUGAAGUUUGACCCCGAAUUCGGGAGCAAGAAUGUCCUCACUAUCACGGAAGGAGAAACUAUAAGCAUCCGCUGUGCCGCCACGAAAGGCCACCCUGCCGCUCAAUUAAGUUGGGAGGGUCCCAAGGAAGCCAAAUUGGAUAUCCGCUCAUCUCCAGAGAUCAUUCGCAACGAUCGCACUCACACUACAGAUGUCUUCCACACGGUCAAAUACAAAGCAGAUCUCAAAGACAAUGAUAAAGAAAUCAUCUGUCUGGCCACCCAAGUCGACCACGACGGCCGGAGUGUCCUCUAUGAAUCGUCAGCCAUACUCCAGUUAAAAAUUGACAAGAUUGUUCUCCCCGUGGAUAAUGCACUCACCCAGAGAAUUGGCAUUAUCUCGGGGGUGCUCUUGGCGAUCAUCUUUCUGAUUCUUCUAUUGAUGUUCUGCAUUUUCGUGAUUUGUCGACGUCGGCGGAAGCGAUCGAGGCCACCUAGCAGCCAGGCAACUUUGGACUCAAGUCCAGAACCACCCCUUAAGCCCAUAUGGACGACGGAUCCGCUCAUGGGCCAAAGCAGUCCUCGGAAGACUGAACGUCAGAUCAAUCAACUCGCAUAUGCAGAUAUCCUGGAGCCGGCUCCUAGGCGUGCUAAUCAUCGGGAUGGAGACAAGCUCAACCAGACAGGAAGUCAAGGUUCGAGCUCCACCCGGUCGACCACUAGUCAAGGUUCUUGGGAGGAAGAUAGGUCAGUGGGUGGUGAGCUCGAGGACAUAUCCAUCCAACGUGCACCUUCAGUGGUGCCACAGACCUCCAUGCUGUCCCGCCAACAGUCCCCAAGUCUCCAUGAGACCCACUUUGGCUCAGAUACAGAUCUUCCUAGGACUGUGCUCCAUCAUCCGGAUCCAUUCCUUCAGCAACAACAACUUCAACAACAACCGAUUUAUAGUAACCAACAGUUUCAACAACAGCCUGUGUAUGGGAGACCCAACCCUCGGAGUGGUCGACCAGCAUCCUCAGCCGAUGCGGUCCUCAACCCCUCCCCUUACUAUCCAAACCAUAGUUUAAACCGUCCCCAUUCUGCCUUAAGUUACCCGAAUUCCCAACCCGACAGCACGGGCUCCUACAUCCCCACCAUCCUUCGCCGUUUGCCCACGCCCAAUGGCCAGCUCACCACAAGCACCAAGUCAGUAUUUGAUUGUGAUCUAGGUUGCUUCGACCUCUUGGAGGAGGAGGAGCACAGUAUGGCCUGUCCUCACCAUUCAAGUAGAUCAAAUUCCACGGAUUCCGAGAUCACGAACCGAACCAAAGACGUGGAGGACAGAAAUCACUAACACGCAACACCCGCCGCCAAUCAUCAAAUCAAUCGAUGCUGCUGUUCUGCAGCAACAAAUAAGCAUUUACAUUUUGGCGCCAUUUUUGAAUCCUGCGACUCGAAGCUGUGUUCAGUGCCAACAAUUUAAAUCUCACCUUUGACAUGCAAUAUUAGGCUAUUGAUGAAAUUUAAGGCAGCUUCCAGUUCUGGUGGAACCGUGAUUCCAGCUAGUGAGCAUGGUCACUGUCACAAUAAUUAUCAAGCCAUGAAUCUCAAUAUCCACCAUAAAAACGCUCUGAGGCGUUUCCUCUCCAAAACUAGUCAUGCUCUAUUAGGAUCCCCAUACAUUUCAUUGUCUCUGAAUUUUAUACUUUUAUGUUGUCGUCAAUAAAAAUGCAAAUCGGGAUCCCUUGGAUAUGAGCGGAAAUAAAUCAAGCCGUUGUUUCCCUGAACCCACAGCAUUAUUAUCUUGA